AUGUUCUGUCCUAUAAAGACACCUAGCAGUCGUCUCUACGCGCCAACGCGGUCCUCUCUCGCUAAGGCGCGCGCCGUCAGUCCACCGUCACAGCGACGCCUCUCCCCCGCAGGCAGCAGCGGAAAUGGUGCGCAGGGUUCCGAGCCACGUGCUGGUUCAGCCCGAUCUUCGCCCCCGAACAGAACCGCUGCGCCUGCAGGCAACGGCCUCGCGCGAGCAAUCGGAGCAAGGAGCAGGGAGAGUCAGCGCGUCGAGGUCUCCGCAGAGACGCGGAGAUGGUCUGCGGGGAGCGGUCCUGCGCGUUUACCAUCCCUUUCGUCUCCCCCUACCUCUCCGCGGUUCACUCGGCGCAGGGAUGUCUCCUCCCCGCCUUCCUCUCCCGGCCUCGGACCCGGCCGUCCGUCCCGGCGAACAGACAACGCCCGAGAUAACGGACACGUGGCACUGGGGAGGCAGGGGCUAGCGGUGAUGCAGGGACGGCGGCUGUCGGAUUCGAGCUCAAGUGUGUCGGUGCUGGGAGUGGUGGAGGAGCAGGCGGGGGACACGGGCGAGGGGUCGCGGCAAGGAUCAGUGGACGCGUUCGAGGCGAUGAGCAACAGCAGCCAGAUCAGCGACUCCGGUAGCUACAGCGGCUCCGCGCCCACCACCGCGCGGAACGGUCAUGCCCAAGCCACGGACGCUGCGAGGCCGACUCGUUUGGCUCUUGAGCCGCGCCUAGGCGGGCAGGCAGCUAGACUAGCCACGCCUGCUGACGUGGACAGGUAUCACGAGAGCGGUCGGCAGUUGGGGCAAAUGUUGCGGGGGGGCGCGGGACCGGCGCGCAUUGUCAGCCCCGCGGAGCGCGCCGUCGCCGCGGAGCUUGCGACCUUGGCGGAUUCCAUCACGGAUGCAGACGUGUAUGCCCCGUCCCCCGCCGCAGCCGCGCUUAUGUCCGCCACGGACGGCCUCUUCUCCGCCGCUUCCGCUUACGCCUCCGCCUCUGUUCCCCCGCCCCCUGGCGCGCCCUCGCCGACACCCCUCUACAGUCUCUCCGCGCAUCAGCCUGUCUCAUCCUCCCCUUGGCCCCCGAUGGUUGUUGCGCUUGCGCGUCCGCCUGAUGCGGGUCUGGGGGGACUUGAUGUGAGGGCGCGACUGGGGCGGACACUGGGUUACGGGAGCACGGGCGGAGGAGGGGAUGCGGGUGAGGGUUUGGCUACAGCGGGGUCGGGCAUUGAGGGGCAGGGCGUGGAGCGGCAGCAGCAGCAGCCAACGAAGGACGCCAAGGAGCUGGCGCGCUCGCUGCUGCGGCAGCUGUCCGGCGGCAAAAAGGGGCCGCUGGGGGGAGGCGCGCCUCAGGUCAUCGCGGUGCGCAAUCGGAGUGGGGAGGAGGCGGCGCAAUGCGACUUCGUAGCCUCGGGAGUGUCGGCUGCAAUGCGUGAGGAUGGCUUGGGCGAGCAGCGGCAAGGGGGGGUGAGGGCCACGAGCACAUUUGCAGGUCGAGCGGCCGAGAUCGCCAGGGAGACAGAGCCGGAGGAGGUUGACUCGGUAAUGGUUCAGCGAGGAGACAAAGCACCCGACUCGUCCGUGCUCGCACCAGCAAACCCUCCUCCUCCCACCACCGCCGCCACCCCCGCAGCAGGACCACUCCAACCGUCCCUUGCAGCACCCCCUCCUGCUCUCCCGCUGCCACCGCUUGAGUCUCUGAGCACGGUGGAUCUGGCCACACUCGCCUUUGUGCCAUCACCAGCGGGCAUGGAGGAGGACCUCGAGUACAUCCGCUACGUGCUCGUCGCUGCUGGCUUCGCCAACCGCUCCCUCCCCCCUGCCGCCUCCCCAACUGCGCCCAUCAGCGCAGCCGUGUUUGAAGUGCUGGAAGCCGAGUUCCUGUCGCUGGAUGGCAUCAUUGUUGACCCUGCCAACCCCCUGGGGCCCGUCACAGCGCCAGCAGCACCCGGGGGCAAGGCAGGAGGUCCGAGCGCAUCAUCAUCAGAAGCAACAGCAGCAGCAGCAGCAGAUGGGUUGUCGGAGAGUGAGAGCCUACCGUCAGAUGCAGCGCCGGCCUUCUCCUCACCAGCCCUCCCUGCCAACUACCCCGACGAGCGGCGGCAGCGCCGCCUCCUCUUUGACGCCGUGAACGAAGCUCUCGGCCGCCGCCUCUCGCCCUUCCUCCUGCCCUCCCAGCCCUGGCAGCGCCUGCACGCUGCCCGGCCUGCACCCUUGAGGAAACGGCCAGCAGGGCGACGGCUAUUGCAGGAGGUGUGGGCAGAGAUUCACUCGUGGGCCGUGCCCAUGUCUGAUGACGUGUUUGACACCUUGGAUGACCUGGCACGAAGGGAUUUGUGGAAGGGACUGGACACGUGGCUUCCCUUGGAUAAGGCUGUGGAUGACGAGGUGCCAGAUGUGGUGUUUCAAUUGGAGGACGUGCUGAUGGGGGAGUUGAUUGGGGAGAUGUGUGCAGAAUGGGUGGAGAUAGGGAGGAGAAAGCAGAAAGGGAGAGAUGGAAUGUAUGAGUUGAUGGAUGGAGGGAAGAAGCAUGGUGGAGGGAGUGAUGUGGUGUUGGUAGCAGGAAAGGAUGGUUCUAAGGCAGGUGCAAUUGCCCUGGAAGAAAAGGACAGUGGUUCAGCAAGAGGGUCACCGGUUGGCAGUGCAAGCAGGUCCCUAAGGUGGUGUGUAGGCGACUCCGUUUUUCUACCCCCGAAAAUGGCUGCCACCGCCGCUGCGAUUGCCGCGUCUAGACCAGAUGGUUACUUGAUAGCCAUGAUCGCAGAUGAGGACACGAUCACCGGAUUUCUGCUGGCCGGAGUGGGCCACAUGGACGUGCGGCGACGGAAGAACUAUCUUGUCGUCGACUCCAAGACCCCUGUGCGGCAGAUCGAGGAGUCGUUUAAAGAGUUCAGCAACAGGGAGGACGUGGCCGUCAUUCUUAUAAGCCAAUACAUCGCCAACAUGAUUCGGUACAGCAUCGACACCUACAACAAGCCCAUACCAGCCGUGUUGGAGAUCCCUAGCAAGGAGCACCCGUACGACCCCAACCAGGACUCCAUUCUCUCGCGCGUCAAGCACAUGUUUGCGUCCUCUGAGUCCGUCUCUGACUCCAGGAUCUGA